GCAAUCCUCACAAGCUUCGCCUCUCUUCCAUUUCCAUUCCCAUCCUUGAUAGCAGCUCUGCUCUGCGAGUCCACGCCACGCCUUCAGUCUUCAGCGUGCUACUCCGCACAGCUUUCCAUCGUCUGUCUGCGCGCUCUCGGUCACGCUCAGCUGUCUGUCACAAUGUCCAAGCUGGGCAUCUCUUCAGGCUCUGCCUCAAACGUCUCCUCCACCAGCCAACUAGCUCGCACACCCUCCCCUUCCGCCGAGCGGCUCACCGCAGGCAGUCAAUUCGUUUCCGCUGGCGCCCCCGUCAGCUCAGCCAGCGUUUUUUCCAAUGCACAGGGCGCAAGCUCAGGGCCCAACUCGGGAGCCAGCGUUCUGCUUGAAACGCUGGGAAGAAGACUAAGCAGCUUUGCUUAUCUCAAGAGGACGCUCGUCGGAAAGAAUGUCUGGCUUGGUACCACUCGAUUAUCAAAGAGGGAUCUCGAUGGCAUAUACGACCCCGAAAAGAUGAAGAAGAGAUCGCACCGAGCUCUGCUCGUAGGGCUAUCCCUUGCUCCACUUCUCGAGGUUCCCACACUCACCGAAUUCGUUCGCAGCGUGCUGGCCGUCAUUUCAGAAAUCGACUCGACCCCAGAUCCUUCAGCACUCAUGAGCAACACCCCGUACGGCUUUUCAAGCACCCCUUAUUCCGGUGCAGGUGCUAGCAAGGGGACUGGUAGCGUGCGCAACUUUUUCAGUAGAGGGACAGUUCGCAAACCUCGGGGCACCACGUUUGACCUGGACAAGGACGGCAGCUCCACUCACUCCGGCUUCUCCUCAGCUUCGGGCGCUACCGGACCAAUCCCGGGGAGCGCUGCCAGUCUAGAUCACAUCAGUGAUUCUAACACUACUGCCUAUGCUGACAGUAGCAGUUCCUUCCACGCCCAAAGUGGCGCAGUUGGGGAUGCGAGCGUAAUUGGAAUGCAUCUCCCCUUUGCGCUAGACUACUACGAAACCUUCAUCACGCUCCUAGACGUCUUGACAGAAGUGUAUAGCAAGGUGCUCUCCUUUGUUGCUAGCAGCAGCGCGGCGGUUUCCACCUCUGGUUUGCCGAACCAGAGCGGAGGAUACUUUUCGGAAAUGAGUGGAGGCACACCACACGGCCUGUCCCCUGUCACACCCUUCCAUUCGAGUGGACAAGGCCCGACAGAUAUCUCUGCGAUGCAGGUGGAACUCGCACUCAAAAUGGACGCCAAGCUCAAGAAACACAUCGCCCAAGUCUCCAAGGAGAUUGACAGCGUGGCUCGACACGUAGCCAAGACAGAGUUGGACAGUCUGGAAGGCCUGAUGAAGGAAGCACUACUAUCUCCCUCCUUGACCAGUCCCUCGAGUCCCUAUGGAGCAUCAACAACUCCUACGGGGCCAGGCGUCGCGGCUCUGGGCCAGACGCUCCAUCCUAGCGGGGGCGGGCUCGGGGGCAGAGCGAACGAGCUGAGCGUACCUCUCGCCAAGAAUCAAGGCUUGGACUUUCAUCAGCUGCAACAUCACGCGCCGCAGAAUAGCGACGCGCCAGGCCAGGAUGCGACGAGCUCAGGCAUUGGCGCCGCCGCUCAUAACAUUUCCGCACCAGCUCUGCAAACCCAGUAUCAUCCGCGCGAGAUGCGCCAAGCUCCUCAAACGUCAGGCCCUGCUCGUACUGAACAUUGAAUGUCCAGCUGCUGGCCGAGUCUUGCACCUCCGUGUCUGUUGCCAUGGCACCUGUACCUGUACGCAAUGCCCACGCUUGACAUCCUGUAAUUUGUAUUUUGCAUUCGCAUCACAA